GUUUGACUUUCAGGAUAUCUAUGUUCUAAGGUUUGAAUUAACCUCAACCAAACAAAUUAAGAAUACAAACAAAAACUCACUUCUCGUUUUUGGAAGAAAGAAAACAUAGUGAUGUCUAAUUCAGUUUUUCUGGAAGUAGAUUCUUCUAUCAAGGAGAAUCAGUUGAAAUUAGUUACAGACGAAACUGAACAGGAUUUUCAAAAAUUCCUAUCAGAAAAAGAAUCUGAAUUUCCAUCUAAAUACAUUCAACCAUUCCCAGGUUUUUGUGUAAAAACUAAGGAUUCAUUGGGUGAUAAAUUCUUUUUAAAUAUUUGUCAUAACGAAGCUAUACCUACCCCUCCGACAGAUAUAACUAAUUUAAGAGCUGAAGAUGUUCUUGAGAAAGAUAUCACAGAGUUUCGUGUACCUAUGAGUAUAGGCACAGUACGCCCAGAGAAGGAUACCAAAGGAUUAGAGUGCAAGGCUUGUGAUAUUGUUAUCAAUUCCUUAUUCUAUAAGAAAAUUGAAUACGAUUCAAACUGGAAAAAUUUCGUGCUAACAAUUGUUUUUGAAGCCCUUAAAGAAAAAUAUCAGAUAGAUUGUAUUGAAGAAGAUAAAAUUAUAUUAUCCAACAGGAGACACCUUGGAAAUAUUCAAAAACAUAAAAUUCAGGAUCGAGACAUGGCAAAGGAAAUGGGACUCGAUUAUAAAGACUUGAAUAAUUUAAAAGAAAAAACACCUAAAAUACAAAUGUUAUCGUCUGCUCAUUUCGAAGCUAAGGUGCCAAAAUACCGCUUGUACAAGAAAACUUUCAAGCAAAAUUGUCUUAUUGGUGAAUUCAUAUUUCCUGAUGUGAUUUCUGGAAAUGAACUAAAAUUGGAUUUAGGAGAAGACAGAAUAAUUAUUGAAUGUGAGCAAAAAAACUAUCUCUUAGAUAUAUUCCUUCCAGUUAUUGUGAGCCCAUAUAAAUCAAGUUCCACGUUCGAUAAAGCAACAAAGAUUAUUACCAUAAUUAUGCCUCUAGUAGGUGGAUGAAAAAGUCUGUGGAAGUAUUUGUCAUAAAUUAAAUAUUUGGAAGUAUAAAAAGUUUAAUGUUUUUGAUUAAUAUAUUUCUGUUGUAGAUUUUUUAA